AUGUAUCUUGCUUGUGAGAGGAGUGGCCAAUAUAGAGCAACAAAGAAGUUAAAACAUGAUGGCAACAAUACAUCAAAAAUAACCGGUACGAAGAAGUGUGGUUGUCCUUUUGAUAUGAGGGCUCACAGGUUUACCACACAUGAUGAAUGGACAUUGACUGUAGUAUGCGGAUUGCAUAAUCAUCCACCUGCAGAGCACCUCGAGGGACAUUCAUAUGCGGGGAGGCUAUCAAAGGAUAAGAAAGCAUUGUUAAUGGAUAUGUCAAAGAGCAUGGUUCGGCCAAAAGAAAUCCUAGUAACCUUGAAACAGCGAGAUGCCCUCAAUGUAAGCACACUUAAAACCAUUUACAAUGUACGCCAUCGAAACAGGGUGGUACAGAGAGCUGGAAGAUCACAGAUGCAACACUUAUUGGGUGAAUUGGCCAAGUAUAAUUACAUUGAGCGCCAUCGACGUGAAGAGUCCAUGAUGACUGUGACAGACUUGUUUUGGGCACAUCCUACCAGUUUGGACUUAUUUCGGACUUUCCCACGUAUAUUAAUUAUGGAUUGCACAUAUAAAACCAACAGAUAUCGGCUUCCUCUUCUUGAAAUUGUGGGAGUGACAUCAACUGAAAUGACAUUCUCUGUAGCUUUUGCAUACUUACAGUAUGAGAGGGUCGAUAACUAUACGUGGGUGUUAGCUACAUUGCGUGAUGCCAUGGAUGGGUUUGUUGUGCCAACAGUUAUUGUUACUGACAGAGAGCUAGCCUUGAUGAAUGCCAUACAGAAGAUAUUCCCGAGUGCCAGACAUUUAUUAUGUCGUUGGCAUAUCAGUAAGAAUGUGUUGACCAAAUGCAAGAAAAUGUUUGAGACACAGCAAAAAUGGGAGAAGUUCAACCAUGAGUGGAACUCUGUAGUGUAUUCAUCUUCUGAAAUUCAAUACGAGGAGCGUCUUAAAUCAUUACUUAAGGAAUUCAGUAGUUAUCCAAAAGCAGUAAACUACGUCAUGGAUACUCGAUUGGUUCCUUACAAGGAGAAAUUUGUGGCGGUAUGGACAGACACGGCUGAGAGUGCACAUGCAAAACUUAAAAGACAAUUGGGUUCAUGUCAAGUCCCAUUUCAGGCAUCAUUUGAGAAAAUACACAGUCUGCUUGAGUUGCAACACACUGAUAUCAAGGCUUCAUUUGAGAAAAGUCUAACUGUUGUGCAACAUCAAUUCAAGCCUUCUCAGUUCAGGGAGCUACGGGGUAAUGUGUCUAUCUCUGCAUUGGAGUAUUUGCUUGUAGAAAGUAAGAGAGCCAAUUCCAUUGAGCUAGAAGUGAAAGCAGAGUCAUUCAUAGCUUCUUCCAAGUUCAUUGAGCUAGAAGUGAAACCAAAGGGCUUUGGCAUUUCCGUAUUGCACAUGCACUGCAGAUUUCACAUCCUAUUAUUGACGCUGGUUAUGAGGAGGGGAUUCGUCAUCCUUAUCGACUUUACCAGGCUAUCGAGAGUAUGA